AUGUCUGUAGAGUCAGCCAGCAUCUGCGACCAGCCAACUUCUCCCUCAGCGCCAACAUCCGGGCUCGAGUGGACGCACAGAAUAACGGCCGAAAAGAUUCACUACGAUUAUCUGAUCGGCGACUUGGAGGAGGUGCAUGGCGUCCUCAAGGACUUCAUCCAUCGCGUGAUUGGCAACUGGGAUGACAAAGGCCGCCGCAGCGAUAUUGCCGCCAUUAAGACGGAGGCGUACCCGAGAUACGCUCGGAGGGCGAAGGAAGUCAUCGCCAAUUGCAGGGACUUCUGUUCGGAACAUGAUGAAGAGAAGCUCGAUAAGAUGACAAUGCUCAUCAAUAAAGUCUUAAUGCUGGAGAAACGCUUGGAACGGAAGUUGAAGCCUAUGGCUCUCCCUAAGAAAUGCAGGAAGGACUCGGCCAAUGCUAUAGAGGGGGAGUAG